GACCCGGGUGUCCUCGAGCUGCCGUCAGUCAGGAGGCUGUGCAGUCCGAGAUGGGCUCGUCUCGGGCACCCUGGAUGGGGCGUGUGGGCGGGCGCGGGAUGAUGGCACUGCUGCUGGCUGGUCUCCUCCUGCCAGGGACCUUGGCUAAGAGCAUUGGCACCUUCUCAGACCCCUGUAAGGACCCCACGCGUAUCACCUCUCCUAAUGACCCCUGCCUCACUGGGAAGGGUGACUCCAGUGGCUUUAGUAGCUACAGUGGCUCCAGCAGUUCUGGCAGCUCCAUUUCCAGUGCCAGUGGCUCCGGUGGUGGCUCCAGUGGAUCCAGCGUUGCCCAGGGUGGUUCUGCAGGAUCUUUUAAGCCAGGAACAGGGUAUUCCCAGGUCAGCUACUCCUCCGGAUCUGGCUCUAGUCUACAAGGUGCAUCCAGUUCCUCCCAGCUGGGCGGCAGCGGCUCCCAGUCCGGCAGCAGCGGCCCUCACUCGGGAAGCAGCGGCUCUAAUGCGGGAAGCAGCAGCUCUCACCCAGGAAGCAGCAGCUCUCAUUCCAGCAGCAGCAGCAGCAGCAGCUUUCAGUUCAGCAGCAGCAGCUCCCAAGUAGGGAGUGGCUCUGCUCUGCCAACCAGUGACAACGCUUACCGUGGAAUACUCAACCCUUCCCAGCUUGGACAAAGCUCUUCCUUUCCCCAGACCUCUGGGGUGUCCGGCAGUGGCCAAAGGGUCAGCUUCAACCAGCGCCCCUGUAGUUCGGACAUCCCCGACUCUCCCUGCAGUGGAGGGCCCAUCAUCUCACACUCCGGCCCCUACAUCCCCAGCUCCCACUCUGUGUCAGGGGGUCAGAGGCCUGUGGUGGUGGUGGUGGAGCAGCAUGGUUCUGGUGGCCCUGGAGUGGUUCAAGGUCUCCCCUGUAGCAACGGUGGCCUUCCAGGCAAGCCCUGUCCCCCAAUCACCUCUGUAGACAAAUCCUAUGGUGGCUACGAGGUGGUGGGUGGCUCCUCUGACAGUUAUCUGGUUCCAGGCAUGACCUACAGUAAAGGGAAAAUCUACCCUGUGGGCUACUUCACCAAAGAUAACCCUGUGAAAGGCUCUCCAGGGGUCCCUUCCUUUGCAGCUGGGCCCCCCAUCUCUGAGGGCAAAUACUUCUCCAGCAACCCCAUCAUCCCCAGCCAGUCGGGAGCUUCCUCAGUCAUUGCGUUCCAGCCAGUGGGGACUGGUGGGGUCCAGCUCUGUGGAGGCGGCUCCACAGGCUCCAAGGGACCCUGCCCUCCCUUCAGUUCUCGAGUGCACAGCAGUUCUAGCAUUUCCAGCAGCUCCGGUUCACCCUACCAUCCCUGCGGCAGUGCUUCCCAGAGCCCCUGCUCCCCACCAGGCACCGGCUCCUUCAGCAGCAGCUCCAGUUCCCAGUCCAGUGGCAAAAUCAUCCUUCAGCCUUGUGGCAGCAAGUCCAGCUCUUCCGGUCACCCUUGCAUGUCUGUCUCCUCCUUGACACUGACUGGGGACCCCGAUGGCUCUCCCCAUCCUGAUCCCUCCGCUGGUGCCAAGCCCUGUGGCUCCGGCAGUGCUGGAAAGAUCCCCUGCCGCUCCAUCCGGGAUAUCCUAGCCCAAGUGAAGCCUCUGGGGCCCCAGCUAGCUGACCCUGAGGUUUUCCUACCCCAGGGAGAGUUACUCGACGGUCCAUAAGUCAACUUUUGUGUGUGUGCAUGCCUUGGGCACAAACAAGCACAUACAAUAUAUCCCAUAUGGGAGAAGUCCAGUGCCCAGGCACAGGGUCAGCUCAGUUUCCCUCCUGCUUCCCAAAAGAGUGGCUCUGCUUUCUCCACUACCCCAAGGUUGCAGACUCUCUCUUAUCACCCCUUCCUCCUUCCUCUUCCCAAAAUGGUAGAUUCAAAGCUCCUCUCUUGAUUCUCUCCUACUGUUUAAAUUCCCAUUCCACCUGCAGUGCCCCUCAGCCAGAUCACCACCCCUUACAAUUCCCUCUGCUGUGUCUUUGAAAUGGUCCAUUGAGUAACACACCCAUCAACUUCUCAACUGGGAAACCCCUGAAAUGCUCCCAGAGCACCUCUGACGCCUGGAAAAGUUAUACCUUCCUCUUCCCCUUUACCAAAUAAAGCAAAGUCAAACCAUCAUCUGGAAACAGUGGCCACCUUUCAGUGACCUCUGGUCAACCUACCCAAUAUGCCACUGGGCUCUCGCUCCCAAUUCCAGCCCACCCUCCAUUACAGAGCAAACCACGCCCUCCGAGAUCACCGUCCCCAACACACCCAUUGCCUCUCAAGGCCCUUAUCUCAGCCCCUUCCUACGGCCACUUCCCUCAGUGCUCAGAUGCUUCCCUAGGUGAGGGAGACACUGGGGCACCCUCAGAGGUUGGAGCAGGCUCCCUGUUGUCUCUGGAUCCUGGAGAGAUGCUCAGUAAACUGUGGGGACUAGGUGCAGACUUUUUGCCUUCUUGGAGUCCUGGGUCUCCUCUGAGAGCCUGGCUGGUGCUCUUCCUACGCCUCUAGAGGUCUCUGUGUCUCUCAUUUUCCUUCAAAAGCUGGCCUGUAUUUCUCUUCUACCUUCCAGCUCCUCCCAUAGAGGAGGAAGACAAUAAAUAUUUGUUGAACUGAAAGCAGA